GUUAGUCCUGCAUCCAUAUCGCCGGGCGCCUUCAGAGUAAAGGCACGCGUGUCAAAUUCGGUUCACUUUCAGUUUUCCCGCUAGGUGGCGCUCAUUCUGGUCAGCUUUACCCCAUUAAAAAAAAAAAAUAAAAAAAUUAUAAGAGGAAAACUCCAACCUAAAUAAGAAGUGUGUUUUGUUUGUUUGUUUUUUGCUAUUUGGCAACAACAAUAAAUCAUUGUUAAAUAUGUAACUGGAGAGGAAAUACUACGACAUUAUUCAUUGCCAUAAAUUUGAAAAUGAUCCCAAACAGUAGGUCUUCUCCAUUAUCGGAGGUCUGUAGAUCAUUUGUUUUUAAUUUUAUUUCUUUUUUGGAUACCUGCCUCACUAUGUAGUGGCUCGGCCUCGUCCAGCCUCAGCUGAGGCCCGUUUGAGGUCACUUUUUUCACACUGUUUACCACCAAACAAAAAACACACCCAUCACAGUAACUAACUUUAUGCACACGCUGGUCUGUGCACCGCGGAGUGCUGGAAUGCAUCAUUUUAUCGUCACCACAACACGAGCACACGUGGCCACAUGCUAGACUACGUCUACAAGUUCUAACAGCGUUGUCACGACCCAACUGUCGUUCUGUUCAUCCGCCCGGGUGUCGAAUUAAUAUCUGUGAUCCCAACACGUUACAUCAUAAAGGUACACUAAAGAUUAUAAACGGCUGAAUCACUGGGCUGUUGUUUGAAAUGACGCACGAGUCCCUUUUUCUUAAAGAUAAGUUAGUGUUUUAUUUGUCUCACACAGGGAGUUUACUGUAUCACACCAGCAGCAAUAAGAGUUGUGCAACAGUUGACACACAGAAGGGAUCGCUGUUGUUAUUUACUUCUGCCUUUCCCACGCAUGCGCACACAGACCGAUAGGCAGAAAACUCCAAGCAGGUGUGAUGAGAAAAUGCACAGGAAGAUGACUUCAGAUUACGUGUCAACUCUUGAUCCCAAAGAUCGAAAGCAAUAAUGUGAGAAACGUCAUCAGCCUGCUGCUGCAGAUGUUGGUGUCUGUCUCUGGUCUUUCUUCUGUCUGGUCUGGUCUCUGUGGGCUGAGUGCAGCAGCAGGAUGUGCUUUGUAGUUGAGGAACUUUUUAAACGUGGUCCAAAAAAGACACUCCCACACAGUCCAGGCGGUGUGCGCGUCGUGCGUCAGGCUGCAGGUCACCUGUGUUACAGAGUCAUUAAAUGCAGCAGUUCUGUGUUUGUACCCAGUGUGAGGUUGACCAGCUGGAACCGAGCCCUGGAUUCCUGGACAGUCUCCUCUGCGUUUCUUCUCGCUGGUUUUAUUUCUUCCGUGGCUUACAGUCAUUUUGACACCAGUGUACGACGCUGGCCCGUGGAUCUGGAAGUUUCUGUCCUGGAUCAGCAGCUGAAACUGUUUGUGUCCAGACACUCAGCUUUCCUGUCAGAGGACGUCCCAGGUCAGCGGACGUUGCAGCACAGUGGAGACGUUCUGGACACGCAGGUUGUGGUGAAUCCGUCCCUGGACUUUGUCUGCUCUGAGGUCCGCAGGCUGGUCUGUGAUUCGUCUCGGCACAAGCUGCUGGUUCUGGCGGGUCAGUGCAUGGAAGAGGUCGGGGACAUCGUCUUACAGAAAGGCUCCUUCUCCUUCAACAACUUCAUCCAAAUAUUUGCAGACGAGGAGGUUGGAGAGUUGCUGAGUUCUGCAGACCCGGCAGUCAAGGCCAGCCUGACUUUGAGCUGUCCAGACUAUGGCCUUUGGAAGGACUCUGUGUUGGAGAAACACAACCUGCAGGAAUUCAUCAACAUCCAGAUCAACCCUCCUGCCAUCCUCCCUGAAAUGGAGGGUCUCCAGGAGUUCACGGAGUACCUUUCAGAGUCGCUGGAGGCAGAGUCCCCAUUUGAGCUUCUGGAGCCCCCCAGUACUGUGGGGUUCUUGAAACUCUCUCGGCCCUGCUGCUACAUCUUCCCCAGUGGGAGGGGGGACUGUGCCUUCUUUGCUGUUAAUGGGUUUAAUGUCCUGGUGAACGGUGGGUCUGAUCCCCGUUCAUGUUUCUGGAAACUGGUUCGACAUCUGGACAGGAUUGACUCUGUACUGGUGACUCACGUUGGUGUUGAUAAUCUUCCUGGAUUGAAUAGUUUGCUUCUGAGGAAGGUGUCUGAGCAGGAAGAGGAAUCUACUGGACCUCAGACAAAAGAGGACUGGAUGAAGAACCUCAUCUCUCCUGAAAUUGGAGUAGUUUUCCUGAAUGUUCCAGACAGACUAAGGUCCAUUCUAGUGGAUCACGGCGUACUGCAAAGUUCUGACCAAGUAGCACUAACUCUGCAGUACCUAGAAAGGUUGGCCAUUAAACCCGAACCACUCAUCCGGGUCACUGGACCUAGUAUUCAGCCAAUUAUCUUGUUUCAGAAGUUGGGAGUUGGCCGUCUUGAGUUAUACACGCUGAAUCCACUUGGCAGCAGCGAAGAAUUUAAGGCUUUCAUGGAAAUUUGGCCAUCUGAUGUCAAGAAGUCAGAUGUCCCACUACAGUGCCUUGUUUCUGUUUGUGCCUUACUGGUCUGGCAUCCUUCCAGUCCUCAAGAGAAGAUCAUCCGGGUUCUGUUUCCUGGAUGCACACCGCAGUUCAAAAUUCUGGCUGUGCUUGAAAAACUCAAGCACCUGGAGUUCCUCAAAUAUCCAGCAGUGUCUCUGAGAGACCUAGAAUGUCCCCCAGCUGUGAAACAACCAAAGCGAGCAGAGAGCCGAGAGAGCCUCAAGUCCCAGCCUAAAGAUUUCAAAGCCAGUAGUGCUUUCCAGAAAGACUGGCUUGGACGAGUAGAUUCCAAGAAACAAGAAGUGAAGCUGAAGCCAAAGGCAGCAGGAGACAUGAUAUCUAAAGAAAACAAGGACAGAGAAGAGAAACUUAAAACUAAAGAUGGAGAAACAAAAUCCAGGCUCCCAAAACCUGCUGAGAAGCUUGUUCCAAAGAAAGAUCUACCAAAAGAGGACAAAGGGGACAUGAAAAAGAAGGAUGAAAAGAUGCAUGUUGCUGUCAAAAAGGAGGAGGGUGUAAAGAAGGAAACUGCACAUACAAAACCAAAGAAGGAUGUGAAGUCGGAUCUAAAAAAAGACACAAAAGUGGAGGAGAAUAAAAUGACAAAACCUCACCUGAAAGAAAUUAAGAAAGCAGUAGGUGGAACAUCAGCUUCAGCUCUGGCAGCAAGCACAGAAGCAAGAAGAGCUUCAGCCAAAAGUGGAACUCUAAAGAAAGAAGCAACUCUUACAAAGAAAGACUCCUUAAAAAAGGACUCAAAAACUAAGCCUAAAGUUCACCAGGUUGAGUGCUCCAAGGUGGCACCACCUGUGAUCAUCUCGACUGGCUUUAAAAGCCUGUCAGAAAAUGACAGUGUCAACACUUGUCAAACACCAAAGGUCGAGGCACUCACGGAAUCUGUGGGUAACCUUCAACACCUGGAUGGAGCAGAGGACAAGAGCAGCCAGAACUUUACUACAGGAAGUCCAGAGACCUUUCGCUGUAUGGUAGAGGAGCCUGUGAGAGAUGCUACCUCCACUUCCUCACUUUCUAGGAUGGCAAAAGGCAGCCUUAGUGUUGACUUUGAUCUCUCUGUCAAUGCGUACAGGCCAGUUGAGGGGACCCUGGACCAUGAAGAGGCCAUCUGCACUGGCUCAGUGGAGAAAACUCUGGAGUGUGUCUCUCCUACAGAUUCUGCUCCAAACAGUGCAGGUCAUACACCUUUCCAUCAGUCUCAGGAGGAAGACACUGAGGAUUUAGGUGAUGACUGCAGCCUUGGGACAAGAGUAUCCAGUCUAGGCUUUGAGGAUUACAACCAGGGUGGUUCUUGUAGAACUUCAGACCUGAGCUCCUUGAGGGAAGGUCUGGAAAACUCUACAUCUUCUCAGGGAAAACAGUCCAGCCUUCUGACUCUGAGUCCCUUCAGAGACAUGAUACCAGACUCAUCCCCCACCAUGACCUCGAUGCCCGCUGAGGUCUGCUCUCCUCACUCUACAGAGGUAGAUGAAUCCCUGUCUGUUUCCUUAGAGCAGGUUCUGCCUGCCAUUGAGGUAUCAUCCAAACUCAUCAUGGGAGAUGGAGUCUACACCAAUGGACAUGUUUGUCAGUCAGAGUCCAACACACGCAUGGCUUCACCGCUUAGGUCAUCUCAUAAUGGUCACUGCAGAAAUGGAUCUGGGAAGCACAUUCACGGGCUCCUGGAAGUCUUUCCUGACACUGUGCACGAUGUUGAUCUCUGCUUGGUUUCUCCAUGCGAGUUCCAGCAUCCAAAAACUCCAGACAGUCUUCAGCAUGUUGGACCUGGCUUGGACUCUGGUACACUGCCAAAUUCUUCUGAAACAAACAACUGCUCCCAAGAUGAUCUUCAGACCAGCAGUGAAUGCCAUUCCGUGUACAGCCAGGAGACUCCGCCCACAUCGGUUACCAACUCCCUCCCAACGGCCACAGAUUCUGAUGAGCCACCUGGUAGUGAGGACUGUCCUUCCAUCACUGCAGAUAAUGAGUCAGAUGAUGAUGAUGAUGAUUCUGUGAACCUGUUCAUCCCCCCUCAUCCACCGGAUAAUUCCAGUCUACAUUACUCCCACACGGGUGAUCCGCCACCAGCCCCGCUCAAAGAUCUGCCCCCGUUACCGUCCCAGCCUGGAGCCUGCAUGGCUGACUUUGAUGCCACAGCUUCAAGCAAGAGCUCAAAGAGUUCCACAGCAAAGUCAAAGAAAAUGACAGGUACGACACCAAAGAUGAGUUCUGGAAGUACCACAGCCCAGAACGGAAAGUCCAAGGCUGGUAGUACCACAAGUGCGCUCAAGAAGGGACCCAGCCUCGACGCCAAGAACACCUCACGAAGUUCAGCUGGCAUCUCCAGGAGUGGAACUGCAAGACCUCCAUCCUCAGCAGUCAGAGGCUCAGCAGACCCUGAGGGUUCUGCGGUCUAUGUGGACCUCGCUUACCUGCCGUCAGGGUGUGCCUCCUCCACAGUGGAUGUGGAUUUCUUCAAGCGCCUUCGCUCCUCAUACUACGUCAUCAGUGCAGAUGAUCCUGUGAAGCAGACUGUGAUGAGGAACAUCCUGGACUCUCUGCUGGACGGGAAGAACAGCUGGCCAGACGUCCAGGUCACACUCAUCCCAACGUUUGAUUCGGUGGUGAUGCACGACUGGUACCAGGAGACGCACCAUAGGCAGAGAGAGCUGUCAAUCACUGUGCUGGGCAGCAACAGCACUGUGGCCAUGCAGGACGAGACCUUCCCCGCCUGCAAGGUGGAGUUCUGAGCCCCUCAGCCCCGCCCACCAAACCUCCCAUCCAUGUCCAGG